CGUUGAUAUACAAACCCUAACCGUAGAAAGAGGGAGAGAUAGGGCAAAAUGAAGAAAAAAUCAGAAGAGAGUUCGUUAGAAAAGCUGAGUACUUGGUAUGAAGACGGAGAGCAGGAAGGUGGAGAGAGAAGCGAGAAGAGAAGAUUGAGUGCAAAAGCAUCGGAACUUGAGAGUUCCCGAAGUAAAAUCAAGGAAGACAACAAGGCUCUUGAAGAGUAUCACGAUCGCGACAAAAGAGAAAGUGGUGGUCGGGAUCGGACUCAUGGGUCUUCUUCUGAUUCGAGCAAGAGGAGGAGAUGGGACGAAGCUGCUGCUGCUGACAGCGAAAGAGGGGAUCACAACAAAAGCAGUAAGGUUUCUGAUUCUGAGAGAAGUAUGAAAUCAAGUAGCAGAGAGGAGAAGGGUAAGACACGUGGCAUUAAAGAAGAUGAUAGAGAUAGUCCUCUUAAGAAAGGGGAAGUUGGUCGGUCUAGCAGGUCUAAGACACCAGACAGAAGUGGAAGGCGUCAUCAAGAAUCAGAACAAUCAGAGGCUGACUAUGACAAGGACAGAUAUAGCCGAUCCAGAGGAAGAGAUGAUGGAUGGUCUGAUAGAGACAGGGAUCAAGAAGGUUGGAAGAGAAGACAUUCUAGUAGCAGUGAUAAAGAUCAGAAAGAUGGGGACUUGCAUUAUGAUCGUGGCAGGGAACGGGAGUAUCCAAGGCAAGGACGUGAAAGGAGUGAAGGCGAGAGGUCACAUGGUCGUUUGUGUGGUAGGAAAGAUGGAAACAGGGGUGAGGCUGUUAAAGCUUUGUCAAGUGGCGGCGUUUCAAACGAGAAUUAUGAUGUGAUUGAGAUUCAAACCAAACCACUUGAUGGGGUAAUGAACUUUGCUCAGCAACCUCCCAAAAGGCCUGAUGAAGAUUGGGGUUACAACCAAGAAAACAGGCAGAGAAGUGAAACUUAUGGUGAGGAUUCGAGAGACGAAGCUGGUGAAGCUAGCUCUGAUUACUCAGGAGCUAAAGCAAGAAACCAGAGAGGUGCAACACCUGGUCGGACCAAUUUCAUGCAAACGCCUAACCGAGGUCCGCAGACUCCACAAGGCGGCAUGAAAGGGAACAGACCCGCAAGGGGUGGAAGAGGAAGAGGUGGCGGCAGAGAUAACCAACAAGGUGCUAUUCAAUUGCCUAUCAUGGGGCCUCCAUUUGCGAACCUUGGAAUGCCACCACCUAGUCCCAUUCACUCUCUUACCCCUGGCAUGUCUCCGAUUCCCGGCGCUCCUGUUUUCAUGCCUCCAUUUCCCCCAGCUCUUGUCUGGCCUGGUGCUCGUGGAGUCGAUGGUAAUAUGUUACCUGUUAACCCUGUUCUCUCACCUCUUCCUCCUGGACCAUCAGGCCCAAGAUUUCCUUCGAUUGGCACUCCACCAAACCCCAACAUGUUCUUUAACCCACCGGGUUCUGAAAGAGGAGGAGGCCCUCCCAACUUCUCCGGCUCUACAUUCAAUGUUCCUGGACCAAUGGGACGUGGGAUGCCUUCUUCUGAUAAGAAUGCAGGGGGAUGGGUUCCUCCUCCUCGAGGUGGUGGACCUCCUGGGAAAGCUCCUUCAAGAGGAGAGCAAAAUGACUAUUCCCAGAACUUUGUGGAUACUGGAAUGCGUCCCCAGAAUUUCAUCCGAGAGCUGGAGCUUACCAAUGUAGAAGACUAUCCCAAGCUUAGGGAGCUCAUACAAAAGAAAGAUGAGAUUGUGUCUAAUUCCGCGUCUGCGCCAAUGUAUUUGAAAGGCGACUUGCAUGAACUUGAGUUAUCUCCCGAGCUGUUUGGAACAAAGUUUGAUGUUAUUCUUGUCGAUCCACCGUGGGAGGAAUAUGUCCAUAGAGCUCCUGGUGUUUCUGAUACUAUGGAGUAUUGGUCAUUUGAGGACAUCAUCAAUCUUAAGAUUGAGGCAAUAGCUGACACUCCCUCCUUUGUCUUCCUUUGGGUUGGUGAUGGUGUUGGGCUAGAGCAAGGGCGCCAAUGCCUGAAGAAGUGGGGUUUCAGAAGGUGCGAAGACAUUUGCUGGGUGAAGACCAACAAAAGUAGUGCAGCACCGACAUUGCGCCACGAUUCUCGUACUGUGUUUCAGCGCUCCAAGGAGCACUGCUUGAUGGGGAUAAAGGGUACUGUUCGACGUAGCACUGAUGGACAUAUUAUCCAUGCUAACAUUGACACUGAUGUGAUUAUUGCUGAAGAGCCUCCCUACGUUGCAGGUUCGACUCAAAAGCCUGAAGAUAUGUAUAGGAUAAUAGAGCAUUUUGCACUUGGUCGGCGAAGGCUUGAGCUUUUUGGCGAAGAUCACAAUAUUCGAGCUGGCUGGCUUACUGUUGGAAAAGGCCUUUCUUCCUCAAACUUCGAAUCACAAUCUUUUGUGAGGAACUUUGCGGACAAGGAUGGUAAAGUGUGGCAAGGGGGAGGAGGAAGGAAUCCGCCUCCAGACGCACCGCAUCUAGUUGUGACAACUCCUGAUAUCGAAUCUCUGCGGCCCAAAUCACCAAUGAAGAAUCAGCAACAACAAUCAUACACACCGUCUCUGGCCUCCUCUGCAAAUAACUCAAACCGAAGAACCACGGGGAACUCACCACAAGCAAAUCCUAAUGUUGUUGUCUUACAUCAAGAGGCUUCUGGUUCUAACUUCUCUGUUCCUCCUCCACACUGGGCCCCAUCUCCCGCUACAGCUCCUCCACCGAUGGAGAGCUUUAGAGUGCCUGAAGGUGCCAACAACAACCCGAGACCACCCGAGGACAAGACUUUUGACAUGUACGGAUUCAAUUGAGCCAUUUUUUUUCUUUCUCAAAGUGAAGGGUGGUCCAAAAUUGUUUCUAUUGUAUGGAUUUUUUUUUAUGGGGUUGGUUCCCUGUUUGUAAUUCUUUAAGAAACUUUUUAUGUAAUCAUUUUCUUUAUCCAUCAAGCUUUACCAAAUGGUUCCAAUU